CGGAGAAAUUAUAUCAUGAAAGUUACGGUGCUUAUUAAGCAUUUUAAAACGUAUGUGAGGAGAGGAGGAGACGAGAGGAGCUGAUUUUUGGACUAUUGGGCCACAACCAUGGGCUCGGAGACAGGAAGUUACAGGAAGGCGUGAGAAGCAGCAAACAGCACCUCUUCUGAAGCCCCGCCUCCUUCAUGGCCCUCAGACACACCUGAGACAUGAACGGCCAAUGGUGGGACGGCGAGGCUGCACCGAUGUCUUUGCAUCCGGUCACCUGGCAACCGUCAAAGGAUGGAGAGCGUCUGAUUGGUCGGAUCGUGCUGAACAAGAGGAUGAAGGACGGGUCGAUUCCUGCAGACACCGGAGCGCUGCUGGGACUCAAGGUUGUUGGGGGGAAGAUGACAGAGUCUGGUCGUCUCUGUGCGUUCAUCACCAAGGUGAAGAAAGGAAGUCUGGCUGACACUGUGGGGCAGCUGAGACCAGGUGAUCAGGUUCUGGAGUGGAACGGUCAGGUUCUGCAGGGAGCCUCGUUUAACGAAGUCUACAACGUUAUCCUGGACUCGCAACCUGAGCCUCAGGUGGGGCUGAUGGUGUCCCGCCCCCUCAGAGAGGUUUCCAGAACAGACGGCUUCCUGCUGGACUCCAGUUUACCCAUCAGCCCCGGCGUUCUCUCCAACCAGGUUUCUACCGGCAACAGACGUCCUCUGGUCCCCAGGAUCCAGGUGAAGCUCUGGUAUGAUAAAGUGGGCCAUCAGCUGAUCGUGACAGUUCUUGGAGCAAAAGAGCUUCCUGUCCGGGCCGACAGCCGACCAAGGAACCCGUUCGCUAAGAUCUACUUCCUGCCGGACCGCAGUGAUCGGAGCUACCGCAGGACGAAGACAGUCAGAAAGUCUCUGGAUCCUCGAUGGAACCAGACCUUCAUGUUCUCCUCCGUGCAGAACAGAGACCUGAGGGAGAGGAACCUGGAGCUGACUGCCUGGGACCAGGGGGGGGAGGAGCUACUGCUGGGGGAGGUGAUCGUCCAGCUGGACUCGGCUCUCCUGGAUGAUCAGCCUCACUGGUACAAACUGCAGCUGCCCAUCACCCCCCCCCAUCCUGCAGAGGAGGGGUCUGCAGAGCGCUCCCAGGAUCAGUGAGUUAGAAGAGGAUGGCAUCGGGGUCGUCUCAGACUACCGGCUGAGUGGGCGGGACUUCCACAGCUCCACCCAAUCAGUGCCUGAACAGGUCAUGAUGGCGUCCAAUCAGA